AUGCUCUUCUUCUGGGCCGCGCUGUCGCACCUGCUAGGUUGGACAUACACAGCUGCUUGGUCCAUUUCGUUCUACCCCCAGUUGAUCCUGAACUGGCGGAGGAAGAGCGUGACGGGGUUGAGCAUAGACUUCCUCACCCUCAACCCGGUCGGUUUCCUCUGCUACUCUAUCUCCAACCUAGCCCUCUACUCGUCGUCGACAGUCCGCGCCUCCUACCGCGCCCGCCACGACGGCCACAACCCCCAGGUGCAACUCAACGACGUCGUCUUUGCUGUGCAUGCGUGUGUGGUGGCGGGGUUGACGUGGGGCCAGAGCUGGGUCUAUCAGCGCGACCCCUCCCAGCGUCUCUCACCCUACAACCGCCUCAUCCUCCUCGUCCUCUUCCUCUCCCUCUCGCUUCUCACACUCCUCGCCACGACCCCCCGCCUCUCCUGGCUCUCGCUCGUCCUCUUCCUCUCCUCCGUCAAACUCUACGUCUCGGCAGCCAAGAUGGUACCCCAAGCUUGGGUGAAUUAUCAGCGGAAGAGUACGGUCGGGUGGAGCAUUGAGAAUAUCUUGCUUGACGCGACGGGGGGUUUGCUUAGUCUAACCCAACUCGUCCUCGACUCGUGGAUUGACGGAGACUGGACAGGCAUCACCGGCAACCCAGGCAAACUCGGCCUAAGCCUCCUCGCGCUCGCGUUCGACGCGUUGUUCGUCGUGCAGCAUUUCGCGUUGUAUCGCGGACGACGAGGCAGUGGAGGGAAGGAGGAGGAUGCGGAGGCUGCGGCGGGCGCGGGGAGAGGAGACGGAGGUGGAUCGCUGGGUGAUCGGGGUGCGUUGCUGGCCGCGGAGGAGGAGGACGAGGACGACGAGGAGGCCAGCGUGCGGGUGCGAGGGACAGAGCGCGAACGUCUGUUGCGGCCACGGACAGACGGCGCGUGCGUGUAA